AACGUUUGCACCUUGAUAGUUAUCCCUGCUCUAAUACUGCAUAAAUAAAUCUAGGCUUUUUCUCAUCAUGAUCAUUGGAGUAUCAGUGCUACAGUGUUAUUGUCUUUCUUUCUGAAGAAUGGUUUUGAUGCACCGCCGCAGUUAGAGAGCUUUCCUAUGACGAUGACGUGGAGUGAGCGGACCUUAAGGAGAACAGGAACCGCACCUCCUUCACCUGCAGCCGCACCGAUCAGUGCAGCCAAGAGGAGCCUGUCCAAGCUCAGCCGCAAACACAGCAAUGGAUCUGUCCAAUCCAACUCGUCGGGUGGCACUGCCAUGUCUGUGGAGGGCAUGGGCUUCAGGCAACCAGCCAAGAGCAGAAUUCGCCGGCAUCAGCACCGCCUUUCCUCUGUGUUCAGCCGCGGUGUUCUCUCAGCUCGUGGAGACAUAGCUACAGCUGGAGAAGAACCAUCAGUAACAGACGAUCCCUCAGAACUGUCCAGUCACAUAACGGCACCAGGAAUCCUGAAAAUUUUUGGCAACGAGAUCUGCAAAGGUGCAAACUAUAAGAGUGUCCUGGCUACAACCCACUCCAGUGCCAAAGAACUGGUAAAGGAAGCGCUUGAGAGAUACUCUCUGAACAAGGCGGAUGCUGAUGCCUAUGUCCUUUGUGAUGUUAUUGGCUGCAUCAGAGAAAGAGAAUGGAGAAGCGAGUGUGUGCGUGUGGUGGGAGACAACGAGCGGCCGCUGCUCCUGCAGUCACUCUGGAAACCCAGAGAAGGCUAUGCGCGGCGCUUUGAAAUCCAGAGCAGAGCCAGCGUGGAAGAGAAGAUCUCCAGAGACAAGGACACAGUGACUGCAGGGAUCAAUGCUCAGGCUCGUAAACUGCAGAAGACGCGCUCACGGGGGAGGUCUGUUGUGUUCAGUGGAGGCGGGCAUGACAUUGUCACAGACAUUGGGCUGGGUCUGUGCAGGAGUCUCAGUGAAGCAGAUCUCAGGCCCUCCCCUGAGCCCCAACAGAACCUUAAGAGCCAAUUGGGUGGGGAAGACUCAGAGGCCUACAAAGAGCUUCCCUGUGUGGCUGGCAGAAAAGAAGAGACAGAGAACGGCGAUGACAACUGCACACAGUAUUCCAUUCACCCGCCCGUGCACUUCCCUUACUUCCUGCUACUGCAGGGCUUCAGUUACAGACAGGACUUCAUCAUCUACUCUUUAAAUAGCAGCUGUACAAUUUUUGGCUGUAAUUCUGAACAAUCUGAUGGAGUGAAAGAUCCAGCUGUAGGUGUGACUCUUUGGGCUCCUGACAUCCAACCACAGCACUGCUGCAUUCAGAGACUCCAGGUCUCCACUUCUGACCCUCAGCAAAAGUACAGGAAAGGAUCAGGAAUCACGGUCCUGAAGCCCUUAUAUGGAGCUUUGGUCAAGAGGAAUGGAGCUGUUGUCAAACAAGAGGUGGAGCUUCAUUCGGGAGAUGUCAUAGGCUUGGGUCAGAAUUACCUCUUCAUGUUUAAGGAUCCAAACACUGAAAUUUUGGGAAGCUGUCAUAAUGUAGCUCAUCCAUGGCUGUGUGAGCCACCACAACCUCAUCCUCCCACAUCAUUUCCUCUUGAUCAGACAUGUAUGUUGUCUACAUCAGAGGGCUCAGGAACACCCUGUGCUGCAGAAAGCAUCUUGCCUUGCCUGAGGGACACAAAUGGACAAGAGCUCAUCCUGUUUUAUGACGUAGAGCAUGAAACACGGGUCCUGGAGGAGAUAAUUUCAAAGGUAGACCAUCAUGAAGACUUACACAAGCUUGCCCCGUCUUUCCUAAUGUGUUUAUGCCUCCAGCAAUCAGCCACACAUUUUCCCAUGACUGACCUGCGACGACUUCUGCUACAUAUAGCCAGUGAGGUUCAAAUCGCUGUAUUGGAAAGGGCGAAGGAGCUUGCAGCUGUUCAUUCUGAAAUGGAAGGUGUUGACUCUGUGGAACUGCAUCCGGAGAACCUUCUCAGAAGCCUGCAGCCGCUUGUUCUGUGGAUGGCCAACUCCAUCGAGGUCCUCCAUUUCAUCCAUCAAGAAGUUCCUUGCUUGUUACAUGGGAUUUCACAAAUGGAGGAGGAAGAGGAGGAAGAUUGCAUGGCUGUUUUGGAGCUGCGCUUGUCUACUGUGCGGCCUGCCAGCAAGGAGGCCAUGACGGUCCUGGAGGAGGUCAUUAUGUUUACCUUCCAGCAGUGUGUCUAUUACCUCACCAAGCUCCUGUACCCGGUCCUGCCAGGCCUGUUAGACAGUAAUCCUUUCUCGGAGAAUGGGCAGGUGCACAUCCCUCAUGAAGUUGCCAGUGUGUUGGACAUCCUUACAAAGACACUGAAUCUCACCAAAGACUUCCACAUACAUCCUGAAAUUUCCGUACAGCUAUUCGCUUAUCUCUUCUUCUUCGUCAAUGCCUUCCUCUUCAACCUGCUCAUGGAGAGAGGGUCAGGGGGGAGCUUUUACCACUGGUCCUGUGGGGUUCAGAUCCGUGCAAAUUUGGAUGUGCUGAUAGACUGGGCUUACAUGGCAGGCCUCGGAGAACUGGCACAGAGCCACCUCCUCAAACUCUCCUCCGCUGUCAAUCUGCUGGCCACCACUCGAGAACAUCUGCUGCAGGCAUCAUGGGGUUCUUUGAGGACAGAGUUUUCUUCACUUAGCCCUGCUCAGCUGCACCACAUGCUGAGGGAGUACAACCCACAGCGGCCCUGCCCCUCCGCAUGGAUGCCCUGCAGUGUUGAUGCUGACGCAGCAUGCCGAACUGCUGAUAUUCUGGAGAGUUUUGAUAACCACCCGCCUCUUGUCCUGCCCAUCGAUGACUUUCAGCUGAACUUAAAGAAGCCUAUUGGAGAUACAAGUCUCAUUCAAGAACUUGUUCAGCUUCAGGCAGACAUCAAAACACUUAAUGUUGGAACAUCAUCUGCACAGUGUGCUCAGCGUGACUCUGCCCUACCCAUGAAAGCCAAAUGCAUCAAAAUGGAGGUUCUUCUAAAAGCGCAUCUGGAACAAGGACACACACCAUCGAUGCUGCCUAAGAACUGUGAUUCUUCCACUUCUUCAGUAUCAGGUGAUGAGGGCACCUGUGAAGUUCUGCUUACCCAAAAGAUAAAGGCUCUGGAUCUACAGGACAAAAAGGCAAACCACAAUAGCAGAACUAAGCACUCAGCACUGGAAACCUCGUGCUUGCUUACCCCUCCGAACACACCACUGAGCUCAGAGCUGAUGGUGUCUGAGACCGAAUGCCAAGACAUGGAGUCCCACCAUCACACUCCCCAGUGCUGUGAUACAACCAAACAAGAAGAAGGUGGAUGUGGAAGGCAUAAAGUCAGCAAUGAUGAAGUGUUUGUGGUGGAGCUGCUGAAGGGCCCUGGAGGACUAGGACUGUCUCUAGUGGAUGGGGUGGAAACACCAAUGAAGAUGAAUGGGAUUUAUAUUAAAUCUGUGAUCCCAGGGUCUCCUGCAGCUCUGAGUCAGAGACUGAGGCCGGGUGAUCGACUUUUGGCAGUGAAUGGCCAUGGAUUGGUUGGUUUGGACUACCACAUUGGCAGGGAGCUCAUUCAGAAGGCUGGAGAGCAAGCUCAGUUGCUAGUUGCCCGGACUGAAAGUCGUCAUGAAGACACGGUGCCAAAACGCUGAGCAUACCAACCCAUCUCUUCCUGACACACAAGUGCACUUUGAAACAGUUCUGCGAAAAUGCCAAGAUUUUAUUCUCCUCAGUUUUUUUUUGUCUGAAGACACCAUUUAAAACAUUUUUUAUAACGCUUAUGACAUGAAUUUCCUUUUAUAUAAUUUUUACUUCGUUUUUGUAAUCUGUUUAACACAUGGUCACUAUACUUGUAGCAAAAAUGAUUAUUAAUUGAUCAGUAUACAUAAUAAUAAUAAUAAACAGGACAUUUCAUUUGCAUUCAUUCUAAAACAUCAAAACCGUAAACUGGUAUGAAACAAUUUAAAAACAUUACUACUAUUUAAGGUUGUAUGAAAGACCCUAGGAUCUCUGUUCAACUAUCCUUCUCUUAUUCAGACUCUAGAUGUACAGGAUUAGGGGGAGAUGGGGGAGAGAGGAUGGAUGAGAAAAAAAGGACAAAGAGAGGCAGUGUGAGCUGGAAAGAAAGAAAAGUGAAAGACAAAGCGUCUCAGAGCAUGUCUGCUUGGGAGAGUGCGUGCUUGUUUGUGAGAUAUCCAAGUUAUUUCACAGUAAAGAUAAGAAUAUUAUUGUUACUGGAAUCAUUACAGUGGUGCUUGAAAGUUUG